UAGUGGCCCUCCUGUGUGGCUGUGGGGAGUCGCUGUCUAUUUCGCUUCACUAUAUUUCAACGACUUUUUAUCACAGUGUUAAGAUUCAUUACGCUCUAGGUCAGAUUUUGUCUUGUUUUUGUCCAGAUUUUGUCAGGAUAUCAGUUUAAUUGUCUCUAAGCCUCGUUUAAAAUCGGUAGAAAUCAUUAAGGGGGAUUUUGAUCAUAUGUUAAGUUUUUGAGUAUUUUAAUUCCCAUUUUGACUUAAUUACGAUCAAAUCUAAACCAAUUCUGGCCAAAAAAUUCAAGAUCUCGAAAAAAUCUACAGAAUUCAACAACAAUUUCAAAUAAUCUAAACUCGAACUGAAUAAGAGUGAAACAGUAGAAAAUAAAGGUGAUUAAUUGUCGACUGAAGACUGGAAUACAACUUAAGAAAACCAUAACAAACAUUUACAAGACCUUGACUAGACUGAUGGGAACUUUGACUCGACUACGAUCAAAAUUUCGACAAGGUACUCGACCAAAUCUCGACCGAAUCACCUCCCAGUUCUCGACCAAACUAGAAACUAUCAAUGAAAACUUGGGCAGAGACUAUCCAAAAGCAGAACCAGAAAUAAUUGUUGUCAAAAGCCUAUCAGAGGUUGACCGAUGAUACAUUGUCUUCCCUUUGAGCCUUGAGUUGAAGUUCCCACAAGAACGAGACACUCACCCCGUCAAGGAAGACACUCACCCCGUCAAGGAAGACACUCACCCCGUCAAGGAAGACAUACACCCCAUUAAGGAGGAAGGGGCUGUCCCAAGUCUUUAAAUAAUUCAUUGAUUUUAUUUAAAAGUCAACUGCUGGUCGUUUACAAGGCCAUAAAAAGACUACUGCCGCGUAUCACUAUAACUCCUAAGAAAAAAAGUUAACCACAGAACCAUACGACUUAAUCCACCUCUUUAACGGCGAUAUAAAUAAAACUAUUCCGUGAUAAGAAAGUGAGAGGAAUAGAUAUAUCAGAUUAAAUUCACACCUGGGGUCCUACUUUAAGUCAAGCUUGACGGAGCGACAGUCGACCUAGAUCAUAUGUACACCCGUUAGCGAGGCAGCCAGGCAGUCUGCUGGAAGGAUACCUCGGGGUAGGUUGGCCAGACAGCCUCACAGAUCAGCAGAGAAGCUGUUAGAAAGUCAGCCAAGAGAGCAGACCAACAGACAGUCAAUUCCACAGACCCUACAGACAAGCAGACAAUUAUUCCGACAGACAUACAGACAAUCAUUCGUAUAGUCAAGGAGUGAGAAAACCAAGACCCGCCUUCAAGAUGCUGAGUUCAAGCAUCAGUCGGUUCGCCGGCAAACAGUCGGAUUCCCCACCAGGAGGCUCUAAACAGGAGGAUGAUAUGGAUGACUUCAGUCUUCACGUCCAGAGGUACCGACCAGAGGAACUCGACAAGCUGACCAAGACGACCAAGUUUACCAAGAAGGAGAUACAGCUUAUAUACCGAGGCUUCAAGCAGGAGUGCCCAACGGGUCUGGUGGACGAGGAAGGAUUUAAGGGCAUCUUCACCCAGUUCUUCCCCCAAGGAGACGCGACACAGUACGCCCAUUACGUGUUUAAUACCUUCAAGCACAACAACCACGGCCAGAUCAGCUUUGAGGACUUCCUAGGGGCACUGUCGACUGUGUCUCGGGGCAGCACACAGGAGAAGCUACAAUGGAUCUUUGGGCUGUACGAUGUAAACAACGACGGACUCAUCACCAAGUCGGAGAUGGUGGAUGUGGUGACGGCGAUCUAUGAGAUGUUGGGCCGGUCUACCGAGCCCCAGGUCGAGGACAACUCAGCCAAGGACCACGUCGAUAAAAUCUUCCAUUUGAUUGACAUUAACCAGGACGGGGCCAUCACCAUAGAGGAGUUGGCCGAGUGGGUGUCGCGGGAUGAGACCAUCGUGCAGAGUCUGGCCAUGAUGGACACUGUUCUCUACACCCGCCGCGACCCCGCCCACCCACCGCCCACACGGCCAUCCCUUAGCCAACCAUGAGCCGCCGCCCACCCGCACCCUCCUCUCGACGGUGUUGGUGAUACUACUGCUGCGGCCGCUGCUGCUGCUAUUGCUGUUGCUGCUGCUGCUGCCCCUGGUGCUGUUGUGGCAGCUGGUGGUACUGCUAUUAUUGCUGCUCCUGAUGCUGCUGUUGUUCCUGACGGCGCUGCUGCUGCUGCUGACGUUAACCAUGUUUCUGCUGUUGCUGCGGCCGCCACUCCUCUCCCUCACCGCUGUGUCCGCAUUGCAGCUGCGGCACCUGGCACAGCUGCGGCUCCCCCUGUGGCUGGCUCCCCCACCUGCACUGUCCGUUCAGUGAGCUUCGCGAAGGGACGGAUCAUGUCCCGGGCUGCCACCAUUGACGUCACCACAUCCGGGACGACCACCACGAUCAUCGCAGCUGGCGGCGUCGUACCAGAGUCUCACGCAGCUGCUGUCCCCACUACUACUAUCCCUUACACCGCAGUCACCAUAGAAACGACCUCUGGUGAUACUGCCUCUCAUACUCAAGCUAAGGCGAACACUGCCUCUCCUACUCCCUCUCGCGCCUCUAAUUCCUCUUCCACUGCCUCUUCUUUAUCAUCUCCUCCUCCUACUACUCCUCGCUCCACUACCUCCUCCACAGGUAACUCACUCACGUCUACCUGUAGUGACAGUGCUCCCCGAGCUGUUAAGUCUCGUGUAGGUAGUAACUCAGCCACGUCUCAUCCUGCCACUCUUCCUCGCGCCUCGUCAACCACGUCAGCGCCUGGGAGCUCCCGCAGAAGAGCUACCUGAAGCACCCUCGUCAUCCACCCUUGUCACCCACCCCCUUUGUCAACCACUCUCGUCACCCACUUUCGUCAACCCACUCUCGUCACCCACUUUCGUCAACCCACCUCGUCACCCACCUUAGUCACCCACCUUGUCGCCCACCUCCUUCUAUCCCUGUCACUACCAAAGCAACUUAGUUUAUUAAUUAUAAAACAUCGCAUCUCCACUAAAGUUUAAGUGAGCAGGCGUUUCACUUAUAAACCCACUUAAAGCGACUAUUGAAAGUAUUUUUCUCACAUUCUCUCACUUAUGUGUCUACAUGAGAGACUACAUUAGAAUUUACAUCUACUUAACUGUUAUAAGUAGAUAGAUAACUCACGUCUUUAUCUAAGUGAAUAUUUAAGUAGUUCAUUUAUAAUUACGGUAAUAAGAUGAGGUUUAUUAGGGUGUGUUAGGGAGGGGGUCGUGUGUGUGUGUGUCUCAGUAAGUCGACAGAGAUGAUCCGCCCAGUGACGUUUUGAUUGGCCACAGCAAAUCAACAACCACCAAGAAUGACUUUGACAAUCACUCAACAGAUUCCAAUCAUCCUCCCAGGAUUAGCUAAGCCUCAUUGCUCCUACAUAGCAAACUGUAGUUAUUGAUUUUGUAUAUUUUAAACUUUUGGAGCAAAUUUAGGAAAGAAUUAAACUCGGGUUAAGAGAAUGAGUCAGAGGCCAAUGAGAGUGUUAGGCCGUAGAGGAAGUUAUUUAUAUCAAUACUGUCACUUGCAUGUCUCUCU